GACGUUGUAUGGUGCCCAUGCUUAAAUACACCGCCGAAUCCCUGUCAAGACCAGUGCGCCGCGAGAAACUCAAAGGUGCCUUCACCAGCGACGCACAGUGACGACCCCCGACGCCCUUUACCGGAACCCAAACGCAAGUCGACAUGCUGUCAGAAGUGCAAGUCCGUCUGCUCGGCGUCUUCGUCGCUGUGUUAUGGCUGCUGGAUGAGCCGCGAGGCACCGAUGCGAUGGGCCCCCAUCGGACCUGCGGCCUUCGGACUGCAAGACGUGCUCGAGUGGUUGGGGGCCAAGUGGCAUAUGACGGAGAAUUCCCCUGGCUGGUUUCCGUACAGUUUGUGCCGUCAAUGGGGGAAAAUAAGUGUGGCGGUACUAUCCUGAAUGAACGGUGGAUUCUUACAGCGGCUCACUGCUUUUACGGAUACCAGAAGUCUAACUUUGUUGUGCGUGUGGCGGAGUAUAACCUUCGUGCAAAGGAGCCCAGAACGCCCGCCAUAACGUACACCAUCGACCAGUUAAUCAUGCACCCGGACUACCGCAAAGUCAAGAAGUACGACAACGACAUCGCGCUGGUUCGGCUGAGCCGGAAGAUUCGCUACAGCGAGUACGCGCAGCCUGCUUGCCUUCCGAGUCUCACACUGGCCGACACAACGGGCAUCAACGUUACCGUCGUUGGCUGGGGGCAGGUGUCCGAGGAUGUCCCUAAGACGCCAGCUGUCCCACUGAAAGCGGUCCUGACAGUCUUUGAUAACCAGAUCUGCAACACCUGGCUCCAUAAUCACUCCAUGAGAGUCCUCGACAACCACAUGUGUGCGGGUCUUGAAGAAGGUGGAAAGGACGCUUGCCAUGGUGACUCUGGGGGACCCCUCCUUGCGCUGAACAACCGUCGCUACGUGGUUGUGGGUGUGGUGGCAGCAGGCGACGGCUGUGCCCUGCCUCGGACGCCCGGCAUCUACACGCGUGUCACGGCGUUUCUGCCCUGGAUAAUGGACCACAUCGCUCCGGACAGCGGCGACAUUGAGAACAUCGCUCGGAAGCGCGCGCUCGCGCUCGAACCUACAGCUGCAAGCGUGGGGAUUCCCCGCCCUCACGAGGAGCAGCAGAGCUGGAUGCUCACCGAGCCGCAGUUCCCGGACGUAUCCCCAGCCGGCAACUGUGCCGUUCCUGCCGGCGGCGUAGAGGCUCCUGUCGGAGGCCGACGGCAGAGUACACACAUGGCCAACCCGGUGCACCGCAGCCUGCUGGUGAUAUUGGCGGCGUGGAGCGCUUUUCUUUCGUGCCCGCUUGCGUCGUACGCUGCUGUUCUUGCUCAACAAGCAAGUUACCAGUGUGGCAGGCAGAUGAUACGCGAUGGAAGAAUCGUGGGUGGACACGAUGCUUAUGAUGGCGAGUUUCCUUGGGUGGCUUCUCUGCGUCUUUACGGUCAGCAUUUUUGCGGUGGCGCCAUUCUGAACAAGCGCUGGAUUAUCACGGCCGCUCACUGUCUCCGCAGCAAGCCACCACGGCUCUUCAGUGUUCGAUUGGGAGAGUACAGCAUCAGAAAGACAGAGGAAGACCAUGAACCGCAGGAUAUCCGCCUAGUCCGCUACAUCAUCCACCCGCGUUACUCGCAGCCCAGGCGAUACAACAACGAUGUCGCUCUACUAGAGCUCGCCCAGGAUGUAAAGUUCAACCGCUACGUCAUUCCCAUCUGCCUUCCCGAAGGGCCGCUACAGCUGAAAGGAAAAUCGGCUACUGUCGCCGGCUGGGGCAACAUCAAGGACAUUGACAAAGAUUCCUCGGGGGACGGCUUCGCCGGAGUGAGGAAAGACAUUCUGCAGAAGGUGACUGUUCCCAUCGUUUCCAACGACGAGUGCAACGGCUGGUACGCCCAGUCGGGCAAGCUGGUGCAUCUGCAAGAUACGCAGCUCUGUGCGGGCUUCAAAGAAGGAAAGAAAGACGCCUGCCAGGGUGACUCUGGUGGCCCCCUGAUGUUCUACGACGGCUCCAAGUACGUGCUGAUUGGCGUCAUCUCUGCAGGAUUUGGCUGUGCACGGCCCUUGCUUCCAGGCCUCUACACAAGGGUGUCCGAAUACAAACCCUGGCUUAACAAGUACAUAAAUUCUUGAAGAGCGGCCCUGUGCAGUGCUAGGAAAUUGCUGUAAAUGUAGCUGCUGCAAGGACACGAACGCGUGAAGUGAUAUGUGUCACGGAGAUAUAUCGAUCAUGACCGAGCAACCAAACAGCCUGCCUCUGGAUCUCCUACAUCGAGAUUUUGGAGGAAGUUUAGGUCAGCUUACACCAUUCGUGUAGCCUAGUCUCGUACCACGACAAGGUUGAGCGCCUGCUCGUGUCUGUCGGGGUUGCAUUCAAGCACGUUUCCUGGCUAGAUGUGUGUGUUCUGUUUCAGUCUUCUAAAACGCACUGUGUAAGAUAAAAUGUAAUACUGCAACAAAGAAACAACGCAUGUAGAAUUUCUUGUUUUCAAGCAUCAAAGGGUACCAGCUCAGCGCAGACGUAUGCCCAAAUACGUGUAUAGGAAUGGCAGUGCUGGCAGCGACGUGUUUUGAAACUGCGAUUAACCAUAUUGAUUUACCAGCGUUCCGGUUCUAUCAGGCUGGCCAACAUUAUCCGCAAAAAUUAUUCCUGUGACGCCAAGAGCACGAAUAUUGGGAUAGGUGUACUAGUCACGUAUCCCGAUUUUUGUUUAUUUGACACAACUUUCAGCAACACGUUUGUGAGAAGUUUUAACUCUGUGACAAUGCCCGUUCUUUCCAAGAAGGAAAAGUGCUUUCGCAAUACCUAUGUCAACAUGUUUACCCUAGCACUUGAAUCGAGCACUGUGAUAGCAGCACUAGGUCAGCGCAUUUUGAUUCAAUGCAGCUGUCACCAGAUAUCGCCACCAGCACUGCUGUUUGAUUCUACACUUUCCGGUGUGUCGGUAUACGUCUACGCUAGCAUCUCGCGCUAUGCUAAAACCUUUUAUAACGUUCACUGCACCAUGCUAAUAACGAGUGCACGGAAAUCCCCUUCUGCUUAUUACAACACCAAGGCAAUUCAUAAGCGUGCAUUAUGAUAAUGAGUGGUGAUAUCGUUAUUUACCUAUAUGGUUAAGAGGUGCAGAAUUAAGAAUCAAUUUUGCGUCGAGAAUGUUUAUAUUACAAUUCUGCUAUCUUAUAAUUUGACUUCUUUAUCAGGCCAUAAUUUUCUCCAUAAACAUCUGAAGGGAGAUAACUAAGAUAAACAUGGAGUGAAGGUGUUCGAGCCCCCUCCGGAGUCAGUCGAAAGGAGCAGACAAUUUGUUAUAUUUUGACUGUAUGUGCACCGUUCUUGUUUUGCAUGUUUAAGUUGACGUGUUAUUACGUGCAGUUCUCGGUCCCUUGUACUUUAACUAGUCACUUAAUCUUGUGAGCCCAAUGUAUUGUAAACCAAUCUUGUAAACCAGUGUCGCUUCUCUACCCUGAUGUGGAAAACUUGCAAUAAAAUUAUAAAUAUCUUUGUUC